AUUGCCUCCAAAGACAAAAAAUACUUCUAAACAAGCCAGAUUGGCUGAUGCUCAAGUCAAACAGAAGGAGACAUCAAAAGGAAGAGCUAAAGUCCAACCUAUUGUGUUCAGGCAGAGAACAGGCACCCGUGGAUUUAUAUCAGAUGUAACUGUUAAACGCAGAGAAGAGUCUUUGCUGUUUGAACUAGACAGAGUUAAACAGGA